ACAAGUGUAGAAAAUUAAUAUACUAAUAUUAUUACUUAAUAAUUAAAAAAAAUAAAUAAAAUAAACAAAUCAAAUAAAUUAAUUACAUAUAAAUUUGAAAAAUUCAAUAGUUAAUUGCAUUCAUUAUAAUAAUAUUUAUCAAAAAUGUGGAUUCCCUUAAUUGCAUUUAUUGUUACGACAAUUGCAAUAGCUUAUUUAUAUAUGACACGAAAUUUUAAACAUUGGACGAAAAAAGGUGUUGAAGAAAUAAAGCCUAGAGCAUUUGUGGGAAAUUUGGGCAAUUGUUUACUGAUGAAAAUUUCACCUGGAAUAUUUUUUAAACAACUUUAUCAUGAGACAAAAGGACUUCCAUAUGUUGGAUUAUAUUUAAUGGAUAAACCCGCAUUAUUGAUUCGUGAUCCAGGAAUAAUUAAACGUAUUUUAAUAAAGGAUUUUAAUUAUUUUUGUGAUAGAUACGCGCGAGCAGCUAAUAAUGAUUCAAUGGGCAAAUCAAAUCUUCUUAUGAUACAAAAUCCCGAUUGGAAAAAAAUGCGAGCAAAAUUGACGCCAAUUUUUACAACGGGACAUUUAAAAAAAAUGUUUGUACUUAUGCAAGAAGUUGGAAAGGAUCUUGAUGUAUAUUUGGAAUCACAAUUUUCAAAAGAAAAUCUUUGUACAUUGGAAAUAAAAGAAGUGUGCGCUAAAUUCACCACCGAUAUGAUUGGGACAACGGCUUAUGGAUUAAAAGUGAAUUCCCUAAACAAUCCAGAUGCUGAAUUUCGUAAACAUGGACGAGAAAUUUUCUCAUUUAGUUUUAAACGUUCCAUUGAAUUAACAACAAUAUUUUUGAUACCAGGUUUAGUUGAUAUCUUGGGUUCUCAAUUUUUCUCAAAAGAAAGUACCAAAUUUUUGAGAGACGCUUUUUGGGAUACAAUUAAUGAACGUAUGAAAUCUGGAGUAAAGAGAAAUGAUCUCAUCGAUCUUCUUAUUGAAUUAAAAAAAAGCCAAGAGAAUGAUCCGGUACAAAAUAAUGGUUUUAAAUUUGAUGGUGACAAUUUAGUAGCUCAGGCUGCUAUUUUCUUUACCGGUGGAUUUGAAACAUCAUCAACAACAAUGUCCUUUACUUUUUAUGAAUUGGCUAUUAAUAUUGAAGUGCAAAAUAAAUUAAGAUUUGAAAUUAAUGAAGCUAUACAAGCCAAUGAUGGGAAAAUAACAUAUGAAAUGGUAAUGACUCUACCAUAUUUGGAUAUGGUGGUAUCGGAAAUAUUGAGAAUGUAUCCAGUUUUACCGUAUCUUGAUAGAGUUGCUCAAAAAAAUUAUAAUAUACCCGAAACAAAUUUACUCAUUGAAAAAGGAACGGCAAUAAUAAUACCAAUGCUUGGUCUUCAUGGGGAUCCACAAUAUUUUCCAAAUCCCGAUGUUUUUGAUCCUGAACGAUUUUCUGAAGAAAAUAAAAAAUCUCUAAUACCCUGUGUCUAUAUGCCAUUUGGAGAAGGUCCACACAUAUGUAUUGGUCAACGUCUUGGUUUAUUGCAAUCUAAAUUAGGAAUCAUUCAUAUUAUUUCAAAAUAUGAACUUUCUAUUAAUAAAAAGACAUCAGUUCCAAUAAAACUAAAUCCAAAAGCAGUAUUAACAUCGGCAAUAGAUGGAAUUCAUCUUAAUUUGAAGAAAAUUAUCAUUUAAGGAAGAAAAAAAUAUUAAUUUAACAUAAAAUAAGAAUUAAAUUGAGAUUCAAUUAGAACUUGUCUCUAAUGGUGUAUAAUAUUAAAAGAACAAAUUUACAUGCAUUAAGAUCUGUGAUCAUAACAGAACAGAUUAUUAUUUUUCUCUAAGAGAUGAAGUGAUGUCUAUCUUUAACAUCCAAGCUGAGCCACAUAUUAUGUCAAACCACUGAAUUACAAAAUUACCAUCUACGUAA